AUGGACUUGCAUGGCCUCGGGGUGAUGGGGGCCCAAGUGACCACAUCCUUCAAGAACAAUGAAGAGAAGAUGUCGUCCGCCCCAAUAGUAGAGUCGACGGCGCUCUCUAUCCAGUCAACUCCGACCAACACCGACCACCGCUGUCAGGACUUUGAUCCCCACUUGGGCGCAAAGCCCUAUUCACCAUUCUAUCGCCACGGGUCACCGGCCGUCUCCCAAGAACAACUCACAUUGGAGACCAAGACCACAGAGCGCGACUGUAGCACCCUCCGAGAUAUCGAGAGUCUCGGUGCAUUUCCGACAAGAAAUGAGUGUGCGCGACGCUCGAAGCUGUGGGAAGCAGAGAAGCCCCCCCGAACAUGCCUACAGUCUUUAUCACGACCGCAACGGAUGGCGUUGAAAGCAGCCGUGGCCGUCGUCACGGUGGGCACAAUGAUCGGCAUCGCUUUAGGAAUCACGGCCGCCGUCGGGGGAGCAUCCUGGAGACAGAGCACCCAGCAGGUGGCAUUGGGUGGCUGA